AUUCCUUAAAUUAAAAGUACAACAAAAGAACAGUAAAAUUCUCAUGCUUCUUGUCAUUGCUAUAUAAUUAGCAAUAUUAUGGGGGGAAAAACUACCCUAUGUCCCAGAAAUUACACCUCUACUACUUAUCUGAUUUAGCAAUUAUUGUAUCUAGGAAGCUCUGGAAGGUUUCUAUUUGUGUAAAGCUUCAAAAUAUGCAGGCUGCUUAUUACAAGAAUAUAUUUUAGUAUGAUUUCCUGUGCACCCAGCCAUUAAUGCAUUUGCUUAUAAUCUACAAAGCAUAUGUAAAUUGUAGAGCUGAUAAAAUUACUUCUUCCUCCCAAGAAAGUUGACCACACCUUGCAUAUAGCAGCAGUCCUUUUUAAAAUAAGGAACAGAAUCUUUCCAGAUGAGAUACUUGGGUUAUCGGACUUUUCAUUAGCACUUUGAUGAACUUUUAUAAUCAUUCUUUGGUGUAAACUAUAGCCGUACCACUUUCCACCUCUGUUAUGAGCUUCCUGAUUAUGCUCUUCUUACAUUUCUGCUUUAAAUAUUAAAUUUUGGAAUUCAUUAAGCCAAGAGAAGGGAAACAAGAGUUUAUAUAGAUUAAUUAAGUAUAUAUGGUUUUUCUCUUGACCAAUUAUUCUUAAUGGUGAAUAUCUAAAUUCCUCAUUCUGUAUUGUGAGGGCCUUGGACAGAAUACAUGUUCUUAGAAGUGUUACAAAUCAAUCCAAAAUCCACAUACUUGUCCUGUAACUAACAUCUGUGAACUGUCAGGAGUCAGCACAUCUCCUAAGCUACAGAAGUUAAAAUGUUCCACAGAAGACAGUGUCUUUACUGUCAGUCAAUAAGCCCAGUUAAGGAGCUUGCACCAUCACCUUCCUCCCGAUUACAUGCUCUUAAGCUUAUUAUGUCAUCAGAGCUUAUAUUAGUUGCCAUGUGGACAUAGAAUUAAAUCAUUGUUGGUAGUCAUAAAUUACGGUACAUGUUAUCCAAAAAUGCAAUUGCUUCAGAUUUGGUUGUCACUCCAUGCCAGGCAUGAAGAGAAAGAAGGAUGAGAAGGCAGCAUGCACUUGCUAACCAGCCACGUUGGUUAAGAAUACCAUAGGAAGUCAGCCACACCCUUAACUCAUUGCAGCCAACAAGCAGCUACUGCUUCCUGCCUGAAAUUGAGCUAAGAAUGGGCAAUAAAUUGUCAAGUUUCUCAGCCUCUACUAGGUUAUUCGUUCUGAUGCUUCCCGGGACCUUGGUGACUGCAGGUCUAAUGGCAGUCGCAGCUCCAAAUAUCCAAAGAAAGGACAAUCUGAAAAAGCCAAGUUUCUCACUGUAACUCAAGAUGUCUGAUAAUGCUGCAUCUGCUAACCUGAAUGCAAAAGAGUCAACAGGGCCAACUACCCCACGCAAGGGGCCUCCUAAAUUCAAGCAAAGGCAAACAAGACAAUUCAAGAGCAAGCCUCCUAAGAAAGGAGUAAAAGGUUUUGGAGAUGAUAUUCCAGGAAUGGAAGGACUUGGAACAGAUAUCACUGUGAUCUGCCCCUGGGAAGCUUUCAGCCAUCUGGAACUUCAUGAAUUGGCACAGUUUGGAAUAAUAUAAUCAACCAAAAUUCCUGCUUGGCUCUGAUGGCAUCUGAAGCUCCUAUCUUCGUUACAUACAAUUCUCGUUUUCAUCCUUCCAUCUAAAAUAUUAACAUUUUACACAACAGAUGGUUUUGUAAAUAAGGGUCAGCAAUAUUAAGCUUUGGUCUUGGAUUCAUUUUUCAGAAAAUUAUGAAAGUCUGCUGAAAUAUUCACUGGUUAAUCAGCUAAGAACCUCGAAAA